UGCCACUUGGGCCCUGAUGCCAGAAGUCAGGCAGUGGCUGGCUCUGACUGGGGCCGGGCUCAUAUUAACCUGUCCUCUGAUGUGAGGGCCAAAGGACAGGCCUGUGAAUUGGGAGGCCAUUGUGGCAGCAGAACUGAGAGGUGCAAGUUGAGAGAGAGUCAUGGCCUUGAGAGUAGGUGACCAGAGCCGGGCUGCACGGAAUGGGCUGAGGGAGAAGGUGCUGACACUGGACUCCAUGAACCCGUGUGUGCGCAAGGUGGAGUACGCCGUGCGUGGCCCCAUAGUGCUGCGGGCCUUGGAGCUGGAGCAGGAGCUGCGCCAGGGUGUGAAGAAACCCUUCACCGAGGUCAUCCGUGCCAACAUUGGAGAUGCACAGGCCAUGGGGCAGAGGCCCAUCACUUUCUUCCGCCAGGUCUUGGCCCUCUGUGUCCACCCAGAUCUCUUGCACAGCCCUGACUUCCCUGAGGAUGCCAAACGAAGGGCUCAGCGCAUCUUGCAGGCAUGCGGGGGCCACAGCCUGGGGGCCUAUAGCAUCAGCUCUGGCAUCCAGCUGAUCCGUGAGGAUGUUGCACGGUACAUCGAGAGGCGAGAUGGAGGCAUCCCUGCUGACCCCAACAACAUCUUCCUGUCCACGGGUGCCAGUGAUGCCAUCGUGACGGUGCUGAAGCUGCUGGUGGCUGGUGAGGGCCGCCGGCGUACAGGCGUGCUCAUCCCUGUCCCGCAGUACCCGCUCUACUCGGCCACUCUGGCCGAACUGGACGCGGUGCAGGUGGACUACUACCUGGAUGAGGAGCGCACUUGGGCACUCGAUGUGGCUGAGCUGCGGCGCAGGCUGUCUCAAGCACGUGACCACUGCUGCCCACGCGCGCUCUGCGUGAUCAACCCCGGCAACCCCACCGGGCAGGUGCAGACCCGGGAGUGCAUCGAGGCUGUGAUCCGCUUCGCAUUCGAAGAGGGACUCUUUCUGAUGGCUGAUGAGGUGUACCAGGACAACGUGUACGCAGAGGGCUCGCGCUUCUACUCCUUCAAGAAGGUGCUCACCGAGAUGGGCCCACCGUACUCCACGCAGCAGGAGCUUGCCUCCUUCCACUCAGCCUCCAAGGGCUACAUGGGCGAGUGCGGGUUCCGCGGUGGCUACGUGGAGGUGGUGAACAUGGACCCCGAAGUGCAGCGGCAGAUGCUGAAGCUGAUGAGUGUGCGGCUGUGCCCGCCUGUGCCGGGCCAGGCCCUGCUGGACAUGGUGGUCAGCCCGCCAGCACCCUCUGACCCCUCCUUUGCGCAGUUCCAGGAGGAGAGGCAAAUGGUGCUAGCUGAGCUGGCGGCCAAGGCCAAGCUCACGGAGCAGGUCUUCAAUGAAACUCCUGGCAUCAGAUGCAACCCAGUGCAGGGUGCCAUGUACUCCUUCCCUCGAGUGCAGCUGCCCCCCCGGGCGGUCCAGCUUGCUCAGGAGCUCGGCCUGGCCCCAGACAUGUUCUUCUGCCAGCGCCUCCUGGAGGAGACCGGAAUCUGCGUGGUGCCUGGGAGCGGCUUUGGGCAACUGGAGGGCACCUAUCACUUCCGGAUGACCAUCCUGCCCCCCAUGGAGAAGCUUCGACUGCUGCUGGAGAAGCUGAGCCGUUUUCAUGCCAAGUUCACCCGGGAGUACUCCUGAGGCCACCACAGGGACCAGGCUGGGCUGCCUGGACUGACUUUGCCCAGGGACCUGGUGGUCUCUGGACCCCUCAGAACUUGCUGCUGCCCCUUGGGGGCUGGGCAUCUCUCUCUGCCAGUUCCUAAUAAAGCUGAGUGUGGUUAUGA